AUGAUGGAGUUUUUGGGAACCAGUCAGAACGCCAGUUACUGUGGCCCCAAGAAAAUCUGUAGCUUCACAGAUCCUCUGGAUGUGCAGGCCCCAGUGAUACAGGAAUGUUACCAGCCCUAUUACCUGCCCGGGUACCGCUACCUCAACACGUGGAGACCCAGCCUCUUCCACAAGAUCUCCAGCACCCAGGUCUGCCCGGAGGAGGGAGCCACAUGCCAGGGCAUUCAGAAGCCGCCCACCAUCCUGCCCUCCCUGCGCUCGGGGCUCUUCUGUCGCUACAGCUCCCACGACUGGGACAGGUCCCACGAGAUGCAGAUGCGCGGGGCGGAGGCUUCUCGGCUGUGGGCCGGCCGGCUGACCGGUGACUCCAUGCGGCUCAUGCAGGACAAGGACCAGCUGACGAACCAGAUGCAGGAGGGGACCUGCCGGAACCUGGGCCAGAGGCUGUCAGACAUCGGUUUCUGGAAGUCGGAGCUGACCUACGAACUGGAGAGGCUUCUUAACGAGAACCGAGGCUUGGACGCAGUCAGGAAGCGGCUGGAGUGUGCAGCGGAGGAGGUGAACUGCCCAUUGCAGGUGGCCCUGGAGUGUCUGUACCAUCGAGAGAAAAGGAUUGGAAUCGAUUUGGUCCAUGACAAUGUGGAGAAAAACCUUAUCCAGGAGGUCGAUUUGCUGAAAUGCUGCCAAGAACAGAUGAGAAAACUAGCUCAACGAAUUGAAAUACAGCUGCGGGAUAACCGAGAUGCUCAGCAUACUGUGGAGAGGGACCUUGAGGACAAAAGCUCAGCCCAGUUUAUUGACGAAAAGUGUUUUAACCUGAGGAACACAUCCGACUGCAUCAGCUUCUUCCAUGGCAUGGAGAAGGUCGAUGGCACGAUCUCCGUGCCUGAGACCUGGGCCAAGUUCAGCAAUGACAACAUCCGGCACUCGCAGAACAUGCGGGCCAACUCCAUCCGGCUGCAGGAGGAGGCCAAGAACCUCUUUGACACCCUGUCCGAUCAGAUGUGGAAACAGUUCACCAACACCAACCUGGCUUUCAACGCCCGCAUCGCCGAGGUGACCGACGUGAAGAAUAAGCUGCAGAUGCAGCUCGCUAAGACGCUGCAGGAGAUCUUUCAGGCGGAGAGCACCAUCGCGCUGCUGGAGAGGUCCAUCAUAGCCAAGGAGUGCCCCCUGAAGGUGGCACAGACGCGGCUGGAGUGCAGGACCCGGCGCCCCAACGUGGAGCUGUGCAGGGACAUCCCACAGUUCAAGCUCGUGAAUGAGGUAUUCACCAUCGACGACACACUGCAGACCCUCAAGCUGAGGCUGCGGGAGACGCAGGACACGCUGCAGAUGCUGGUAAUGACCAAGUGCCGGCUGGAGCACGAGCUGGCCAUCAAGGCCAACACCCUCUGCAUCGACAAGGAGAAGUGCAUGUGCAUGCGCAGGACCUUCCCCAGCACCCCACGCCUGGUGGGCUACACGUGA